CUGCUGCUCCCAGAAACCGCCGCGCGUCGUCCUCUCGCCCUCCAGGCCGCCGCCGCCGCCGAAGUCCGCUGUCCGCCGCCGCCGCCAUGCUUUCCGCCACUCUGCUCCGCCGCGCGGGCCUGGGCCGCCUCGUGCGCCAGGCGCGCGCCUACGCUGAGGCUGCCGCCGCCCCGGCCCCCGCCGCCGGCCCCGGCCAGAUGUCCUUCACCUUCGCCUCCCCGACGCAGGUGUUCUUCAAUGGUGCCAAUGUCCGGCAGGUGGAUGUGCCCACACUGACUGGAGCUUUUGGUAUACUGGCGGCCCAUGUGCCCACUCUGCAGGUCCUACGGCCAGGGCUGGUUGUGGUCCAUGCAGAAGAUGGUAGCACCACUAAAUACUUUGUGAGCAGCGGUUCCAUCACAGUUAAUGCUGACUCCUCGGUGCAGUUACUGGCUGAAGAAGCUGUGACACUGGACAUGCUGGACCUGGGAGCCGCCAGGGCCAACCUGGAGAAGGCACAGUCGGAGCUGUCAGGGGCAGCAGACGAGGCUGCUCGGGCAGAGAUCCAGAUCCGCAUCGAGGCCAAUGAGGCCCUGGUGAAGGCCCUGGAGUAGGUGGUGCAUGCCCUUCUGCGCAGGGAGAUUGAGGUCGGAUCAUUCACCUCUGCUGGGGAACCCGCUGAGGCCACCAGGGGGUGCUGUGAGCUCACGUACUCUGCUCAGGCUCUCAGGUUUGGCCCUCAGUUUACACCUAGGGCUAUGCAGCCCUCAGCAGCUCUGGCAGGCCUGAUGUGGGGUCUGUAAACCUGUAGGGUUCUUGCCACGGUCCCCCAUCCUGAUGGGUCACCUACCCACCACCCCUGCCCCUGGGAGCCUGAGACCUUGGUACUCCCCAGCCACCUCUGCAGAACAUUGUCUCCAGCCCCUGCCCACAUUAAAGGCCAGGAAGCCUGA